AAAAGCCUCAGAUACACUUUGUAAGAGCGCUGAGCGAGUGUUCAAUACUGAGGCGUGUCAAAGGGGCCCCCACAGUCAAGCUCGUAAUACUCAUAAUCUGUAUUCUGUUGAGGGCCCCCGCGAGCUGAGAGUAUUCCCCGGUGCGGUGCCUUGAUGUCAGCCAGGGAGGAACAGUGAGAGGGGCCUUGACGUCAGUGUGUGUGCUGCCAGUGUGGACGGUGGGAGCUUGGAGCCGGCGUACUCGUCAAUGUGUUCCGUGAAGACACUCCCUGCAGCAUCACAGACACCAACAAGAUUCUGAGAACAACGUUAACUGGUUCACUCCAAAUCUUGCAUCAAGGCAGCGAGGCCGCGUCUUCCACAUUGAUGAUGGCGGCGUGUGGUGAGGUGUGGGCGGCGUUGAUGCUCUUGGUGCUCUUCUGCUUCACGCCCGCAUAUGCUCAUUUUGGAAGCUGUGAGGACCAUUCCCCGCAGUGCCCGGGGUGGGCAGCCGUCGGCAGGUGCCAAACUCAUCCCCAGUUCAUGCUGCCCAACUGUCCUGUCAGCUGCGACUCCUGUGUUGAUCCUGAGUGUUUCGACAAGAGUCCAUACUGCUCGUUCGGGGUGAGGCUGGGUCUGUGCCGGACCAACCGCCGGCACAUGCUUAACGUCUGCCGCCACUCCUGCGACGCCUGCGAGGUUACGGAGGCGGCCGUCCGUCGCGUCUUCAGGGGUAAUAUUAAGACCAUCGCCAAGCCUGAUUUUCAGUGCGGCAAGGCGCUAGGCUCCAGCACCAGGCGAGCCAGACAGAUCCUCUUCCCUGACGAGCUGGAGAAAAUGAAGGGAAAGGCUGUUAACCAGAGACAAGCGCUGAACAGCUCGACUACGAUAACUAUGUUACCAGGGAAACCAAGCAUGCUCACCCCCGUCAACAGGAACAUGAUCAGGGUUAAUGACACCUUCUGCGGGGCGACGCCCAUCUCUGACCGCUUCCUCCUGACGGCGGCUCACUGCGUCUUCAACCCUGACUUCCCAGUGCGCACGGUGAGGUUGGGAGAGCUGGACUUCUCGUCUGACACCGAAGAGAACUCCAAGCCUGUGGACUAUGAGGUUGAGCAGAUCAUCGUUCAUCCUGACUUCGACCCGAACACCCGUGUGCGGUAUAACGAUAUAGCGCUCCUAAGGACAGUCCAGAAGAUCGAAUUCAACGAGUUCGUCUUCCCUUACUGCCUGUCGAGGGAACGUCCGAAGCCCAAGACCCUCGUCACCGGCGCCGGCUUCGGCCUUGUUAAUGCUACCCACCAGUCACCCAUACUGCAGGAGGCCGAGCUGCAGCUGGUGGAUACGACUGAGUGCGAGAACAUCUACAAGAAAGAGGACUUCGAGCCCCAGCUGCGGCUGCUGUACCCAGACCUCCUGCAGGGCAAGGACAUCAUGUGUGCCUCCUACCCCGAGAGGAGCGCCUGUCAGGGCGACUCCGGCGGGCCCCUGUUCCAGGAUGAUCCACAGGGGCGUCGCUUCCUGGUGGGGAUCGUGGGCUCCGGCGUCUCCUGCCGGGGCAACGGCAUCUCCAAACUGCCGGGCCUCUACGUCAGCGUCGCCGACCACAUCGACUUCAUCGACAGCGUCUUGCAAGCCCGCGCGAGGACUGUGGCUGCACCUACAUUCAGGUGACCAGCGAGAUGACCCCAGUGGUCCUCCACUCCCAUUGGUCGACUCUCCUGAGGCCCUCACCCGUCCACGUGUUCCGUGGACUCACGGCUCCCAGCAACAACACAAACCUCCCACACCAAUCACCCCCAACACUGCUUAUGUGUUCUUCAUUGGCUUCUAGAAUACCUUCCAAGGGGCUUUACUGGAAGCUUUCAUGAAGAUCUUCCCGCAAGCAAUCCAGGAGACCUUCCAUAAGGCAUUCUGACAUCAUGCCAAAUUUGCUAGAAAUUUGGUUAGUUGGUGUUCAAAUGCAUGCCGGAUAAGCAAACUAAAUAAACACAAAUUUUCACACAUACACACACACACAUUAUAUAUAUAUAUAUAUAUAUAUAUA